AUGGAAGAACAGCAAAGCGUUCUCAGGGAAGAAGUAAAAGAUCUCGAGAUUGGAAACAAGGAAAAAGAGAUAAAGAUAGUCCUUCUUGAGGAAGAAAUGAAUCGUCUCCAGAAUGGAAACGAUGAAAAGGAGAGGAAAAUUGACAACUUUAAGGAAGAAAUGAAUCAUCUCCAAAUAGGAAGCGAUGAAAAGGAGAGGAAGAUUGACGAUCUCAAGGAAGAAAUGAAUCGUCUCCAAAUAGGAAACGAUGAAAAGGAAAGGAAAAUCGAUCUCCUUGAGAAGGAACUGGAUCGCCUCCAAGACAAGAAUGUCCAAGAUCUGGAAGAUGGACAAAAGAAAGAGAUUGAGGCUCUCGAGAGCAAGUGUUCUCGUUUGUUGAAGGCGAUGAAGGACAAAAAUGUCUACCUUAGAGAAGCUAAGAAGGACAUUAAGAGAUUGAAGAGAGAAAUGGAAGAACAGCAAAGCGUUCUCAGGGAAGAAGUAAAAGAUCUCGAGAUUGGAAACAAGGAAAAAGAGAUAAAGAUAGUCCUUCUUGAGGAAGAAAUGAAUCGUCUCCAGAAUGGAAACGAUGAAAAGGAGAGGAAAAUUGACAACUUUAAGGAAGAAAUGAAUCAUCUCCAAAUAGGAAGCGAUGAAAAGGAGAGGAAGAUUGACGAUCUCAAGGAAGAAAUGAAUCGUCUCCAAAUAGGAAACGAUGAAAAGGAAAGGAAAAUCGAUCUCCUUGAGAAGGAACUGGAUCGCCUCCAAGACAAGAAUGUCCAAGAUCUGGAAGAUGGACAAAAGAAAGAGAUUGAGGCUCUCGAGAGCAAGUGUUCUCGUUUGUUGAAGGCGAUGAAGGACAAAAAUGUCUACCUUAGAGAAGCUAAGAAGGACAUUAAGAAAUUGAAGAGAGAAUUGGAAGAACAGCAAAGCGUUCUCAGGGAAGAAGUAAAACAUCUCGAGAAUGGAAACAAGGAAAAAGAGAUAAAGAUUGUUCUCCUUGAGGAAGAAAUGAAUCGUCUCCAGAAUGGAAACGAUGAAAAGGAGAGGAAGAUCGAUUUCCUUGAGAAAGAAAAAAUGGAAGAAAACAGAAAAGUGGUGCUUCUGGAAAACACUGUAGCAAAUUUAGAACACCACUUAGAGACCUCGUUGAUGAGGAUGCAGAAUCAGGAGAGACAAGGUUUAGACAUGAAAGCAGAAAUGGUUGCCCUGAAAGAAGAAAUAGCAAGACUGGAGGAGGAAAAGGAGCAACUGGAGAGCUCUCUGGCCUUAUCUCGUGUAGAAUUGGACAGAAUACUGGCCCUGAGGGAAGGUCCAAACUGCCAGUCCCAAUGA